AUGAUGUCCCUUCCGUCCAUACUUCCGUCCAAACCAGCAAUACAAGACACUACAAGUACCGUUGAUGAAAUAAAGCAGCAACUCGGGAGGGCUACCAACCCAGAAGCCACGCCCAUCUUCAUAUGUGCACUUGAUGAGUGCUACCGUCUGCUACCGUCACAGAAAGCGCUUAUGAUGCAUCGGAAGAAGGACCACCAGACAGAGGACGACGGAUGGAUGAUCACUUGGAACGGAGCAACGGGAGGCAGUGGAGGUGAAAAAGUGAAAGAGGAGGUUGAGUAG